AUGCUGCACCUCCCAACCAAGAAACGCAUCUACCUCGUCCGUCACGCACAAGCAGAACACAACGUGUUUAGCGACUGGGAAAUUCGCGACCCGACACUCACAAAGGUCGGGCAGAGGCAGGCGAGCGGCCUGCACCCGGCCACCAGGGACGGCGUGCAGCGUUCGGCCGAGCUGCUCGUGUGCUCUCCAUUGCGACGCACAAUGGAGACGAUGCUCCUUGGGUUUCCAGACCUCAAGACGCGUCUGGAGACCACUGGCAAGCCCGUCGUGUUGCUCGACCUCGCCCAGGAGGCCGGAGACCUCCCCUGUGACACCCCGCUGCACCCACCCGAGCACCUCGCUGCAUCCAACAAUGGCAUGUUCUCCGACCUGGACUUCUCCGGUCUGUCCCCAGACUAUGCCAGCAAGCAAGGCAUCUACGACCCGGACAACUGUGCCGAGCGCGCAAAGCUUGUCCGGCAUUGGCUGCGUGCCCGCCCCGAGCGCGAGAUUGUCUUGGUGGCACACGGCGAUAUUCUGCGGUACAUGGUAGACGGGCACCACUCGUCCCGGCCAUGGCGCAACGCCGAGCUCGUCGAGUGGACGUUUGCAUCGCACGACGACCCGGACGCCCUCCUCGUCCUCCCCGAAGCCCAUCCCCGCUUGUGA